CUGAUGUCCCCCCAUCCCCACAAUGUCCCCCGCUGUCCCCGCUGUCCCCGCAGUGCUGAACAGCAGCUCUCAGGAGGAAAUCUGUCUGCGUGACGUCCGGGUGCUGCCCAACUUCAACGCCAGCUACCUGCCUGUCAUGCCUGACGGCUCCGUGCUGCUGGUGGACGACGUCUGCCACCACUCCGGGGAGGUCCCCGUGGGCUCCUUCUGUAGGGUGACAGGAGCCGCCCCGCCGUGUCCCUGCGCCCUCAGCGCCCUCGAGGAGCACAACUUCCUGUUCCAGCUGCAGGCGCCCGAGCGGCCGCCCGAGGACGCCAAGGAGGUGAGGGGACAUCGGGGACAUCGGGGACAUUGGGGUCGGUGGGGACAUUGAGGUCAAUGGGGUCAC